CCAUCCCUCACUCACUCUUCACACACUUCACUUUACUACACAACAAUGGCCGCCCCACCAUCUUACGCCUUCCUCCUCGCCCCUCUCCUCCUCCUCCUCACCUCCGCCGCCGCCAGCCAGCCAGCUUCUAACACGUUAUCCGGCCGCCGCCACGCCGUCAUCGCCUCAUCUUGUAGCAACGCAAGGCACCCGGACCUAUGCUACUCCUCCCUCGCCGCCGCCCCCGUGGCGGCCGCCCAAAUGACCACCCAGAAGGACGUCAUCAAGGCCUCCCUCAACGUCACCUGCGCCGCCGUCCAGCGCAACAUGGCCGCCAUCAAGAAGCUCAUCGCCACCAGGAAAGACCUCACCCCACGCGCCAGAGCAGCGAUGCAGGACUGCCUGGUGACGAUGGACGAGUCCCUGGACGAGCUCCACGUGGCACUCGCCGACCUCGACGACUACCCGAAGCAGAAGUCCCUCUACAAACACGCCGACGACCUGAAAACCCUACUGAGCGCCGCCAUGACGAACCAGGAGUCCUGCCUCGACGGCUUCUCUCACGACGACCACGAGAAGGAGAUCCGGAAGUCCCUCGAAACGGGUCCCGUCCGAGUCGAGAAGAUGUGCGGGAACGCGCUCGGGAUGGUGGUCAACAUGACGGAGACCGACAUUGCGGCUAACGGCGUUAGCCGGGAGGAAGAGGAGAGGAGUAGUAACGGGGCGUGGCCGGAGUGGAUGAAGGCAGGGGACAGGAGGCUGCUGCAGGCGUCGACGGUGACGGCCGACGUGGUGGUGGCGGCGGACGGGAGCGGGAAGUACAGGAAGGUGUCGGAGGCGGUGGCGGCGGCGCCGAAGAAGAGUACGAAGAGGUACGUGAUAAGGAUAAAGGCCGGGGUGUACAGGGAGACGUUUGAGGUUCCCAAGGACAAGACGAAUAUUAUGUUCGUGGGAGAUGGGCGGACGACGACAAUUAUUACUGGGAGUAAGAAUGUCGUUGACGGGUCAACUACGUUCAACUCUGCUACCGUUGCUGUGGUGGGCCAGGGUUUUCUAGCGAGAGACAUAACCUUUCAAAACACAGCGGGGCCAUCAAAGCACCAGGCCGUGGCGCUCCGAGUUGGUGCUGACCUGGCAGCAUUUUACCGUUGCGACUUCCUAGCCUACCAGGACACAUUGUAUGUCCACUCCAACCGCCAGUUCUUCCACAGCUGCAUCGUCGUUGGCACCGUCGACUUCAUCUUCGGCAACUCCGCUGCUGUCUUCCAGAACUGCGACAUCCACGCCCGCCGCCCCAACUCGGGCCAGAAGAACAUGUUGACCGCCCACGGUCGCACCGACCCAAACCAGAACACUGGGAUCGUGAUCCAGAAAUGUCGAAUCGGCGCCACGUCAGAUCUCCAGGCUGUGAAGGGCAGCUUCGGCACUUACUUGGGGAGGCCGUGGAAGCAGUAUGCAAGGACGGUGAUCAUGCAAUCCACCAUAAGCGACAUCGUCCACCCCACAGGAUGGCACGAGUGGGAUGGCAAUUUUGCCCUGGACACAUUGUUUUAUGGGGAGCAUAAGAACACCGGAGCCGGGGCGGCUACCAAUGGGAGGAUUAAGUGGAAGGGGCAUAAGGUUAUUGCCAGUGACACGGAGGCGGCAGGGUUUACGGCAGGUCGGUUUAUUGCAGGCGGGUCUUGGUUGGCGUCGACUACUUUUCCCUUUAGUCUCGGAUUGUGAUUUGGUUUUGAUUAUUAAUGAAUAAUUAGUAAUCGAGAUAAACAGGAAGGAGAUCAAAUAAGAUAUUUGAAUGUGUAUUCAAUUUGACAUUUUCAGAGGUAGGUUCUAGCUCAUGCAUGCAUACAUGUAUCAGUGGGCGACAAGUUGUUUGAUCUACAUGUAAUAUAUAGCAGUACCGGCUGUUUUUAUGUGUUUGAUUUGAGUGUCAAUGGAAGUUCUAUCGGAAUAUAAUACAAGCACCAAUUGGAAAUUUAUAAUGUGAGAAAUUAAGAACUAUACCCCG